AUGGGCGACAUUGCAGUCGAGAACGCGGCCAACCACGUGCCGCCGCACAAGAAGGCGGCCCCUUCGGCGAUUCCCACAAUCGACGGCUUCGAGGGCCUGCCGACAGACGGCGGCGACGACUACUCGUCGCUCAAGAAGCUGCAGCGGCAGUUGGAGUACAUCCAGUUGCAAGAAGAGUACAUCAAGGAUGAGCAAAGGAGUCUGAAGCGCGAGCUCGUCCGCGCGCAGGAGGAGAUCAAGCGCAUCCAGAGCGUGCCGCUCGUCAUCGGCCAGUUCAUGGAGGCCAUCGACCAAAACACCGGCAUCGUGCAGUCGAGCACGGGCUCCAACUACGUCGUCCGCAUCCUCUCGACGCUCGACCGCGAAAAGCUCAAGCCCUCGUCAUCCGUCGCCCUCCACCGCCACUCCAAUGCCCUCGUCGACAUCCUGCCGCCCGAGGCCGACUCGUCCAUUGCCAUGCUGGGCGCCGACGAGAAGCCCGACGUGACGUACGCCGACGUCGGCGGCCUGGACAUGCAGAAGCAGGAGAUCCGCGAGGCCGUGGAGCUGCCGCUGACGCACUUUGACCUCUACAAGCAAAUCGGCAUCGACCCGCCGCGCGGCGUCCUCCUCUACGGCCCGCCAGGCACCGGCAAGACGAUGCUGGUCAAGGCCGUCGCCAACUCGACGACGGCCAGCUUCAUCCGCGUCGUCGGCUCCGAGUUUGUGCAAAAGUACCUGGGCGAGGGCCCGCGCAUGGUGCGCGACGUGUUCCGCAUGGCGCGCGAGAACUCGCCGGCCAUCAUCUUCAUCGACGAGAUCGACGCCAUUGCCACGAAGCGCUUCGACGCGCAGACGGGCGCCGACCGCGAGGUGCAGCGCAUCCUGCUCGAGCUGCUCAACCAGAUGGACGGCUUCGACCAGACGUCCAACGUCAAGGUCAUCAUGGCCACCAACCGCGCCGACACGCUCGACCCGGCCCUGCUGCGUCCCGGCCGCCUGGACCGCAAGAUCGAGUUCCCCUCGCUGCGCGACCGCCGCGAGCGCCGCCUCAUCUUCACCACCAUUGCUGGCAAGAUGAGCCUCGCCCCCGAGGUCGACCUCGACAGCCUCAUCGUGCGAAACGACCCGCUCUCGGGCGCCAUCAUCGCCGCCAUCAUGCAGGAGGCGGGUCUGCGCGCUGUCCGCAAGAACCGCUACAACAUCAUCCAGAGCGACCUCGAGGACGCCUACUCGAGCCAGGUCAAGGGCACGCAGGACGACAACAAGUUUGACUUUUACAAGUAG